UAUCCCCCCGCUUUCCAGGGUAUGGGUGCACCUCCGGCGGCUGCGCCGCCUUACUAUCCUGUCGCACCCCCCUUGGCACAACCCUCCUACAACCAACCAUUGGAGCAACCGCAGCAACAAGCACCAGUAGCUGCCCCCGAGGAAAGUGCUGUCAGGCGCGGCAAGCGCAAGGCGGAGGACUUGGAUGAUUCUGAUGCUCCUCCACGAAAGAAGCAACUCAUAACUUUUGACAACUACGAUUUCGAACUCGUCCAGAAAAAUGGCGAGGUCUGUUACAGAUGCUGCAUGCCACAGUGCGAAAAUGUACCUGCAGUGCCACGCGCUGGCAUACAAGAUCAUAUGAGGUCGAUGAAGCACCCCUGGCUGCAAUCCUCAGAAGAUGACGAAGCUGAAAGCGAUUGGGACUUUGCCAAUAUCGAGGACUUUUGUUCCAUGAACCAGGAAGAUACCGACAAGAGUUCUCAAGGGUCUUGCGAAGGUUCUUCAAACGCGCAGUUGGGUCCUUUCGUCAACAAUAUUAAGGACUCUGGCGCUUUAACUCGGAGCGAGAUGUUGAACGAGUCCAAUGACAGUCUCGGCGAGACUACAGAUUUGUCUUGGGUCGAGGAGUUUAAUGAGUUUGUCUUAAACUUCGAAGCUGCCGAGUUCGCCAAGAAUUUCGACAAGAUCGUUGGAGAAACUGUUGACUAUGCGAUUUGUUUGAAUCCUGUAUAGGCGACGUACGACGCGUCAAGUUCGGGCCAGUCGAUGAAUGAUAUGUUAGAUUCUUUCUUUUCUUUGUAGAUAUCUUUGCUUCAUCCUCACGUCUAUAUUGUGACAUACAAGCUAUGAUGGAUACUAUGUACAUAUGAUACAUACAUGCUAUGAUGCUAUGA